AUGAACCUCGAAAACCUGUUCCUCUACUUCGCGAUCGGCGGAGGCGUCGUGCUGCUGUGGCAGCUCGUGAUGAUGAUCUUUGGGGGCGACGAUGGCGGCUUCGACGACGCGCCGGGAAUCGAUCCUGGGGGCGACGACGCCGGCGUCUCGGACGCGUCGGGCUUCUGGUUCUUCGAGAUGAUUUCGCUACGGACGCUCGCCGCCGCGGCGACGUUCUUCGGCCUCGUCGGCGGCGCGGCGAACGCGACCGGCGCUUCGGCGGGCGUAUCGCUCGCGCUGGCGGGCCUCGCUGGUUACGGCGCCAUGUACGCCGUUUACUGGGCCUUCAAGCAAAUCUUCCGCUUCGAAACGCAAGGCAACGAAGACGUUUACAACGCGAUCGGCCAGACGGCCGAGGUUUAUAUCCCGAUUGCCGAGUCCAACCGCCAAGCGGGAAAGGUCCAGCUCACGAUGCAGGGCCGCACGGUUGAAUACCAAGCGCUGACGGACUCCGACCACCCGCUCGCCACGGGCUCCAAGGUGUUGGUGAUGGACGUGGUUUCCAACGACACCGUCAAAGUCGCGAACAACCCCAUGGCGCUCGCUAACCUCUCGCUCACGAUGCCCCCGAUUGCGGCGAUGAAUUUUCCGCCUGGCGUUUGGGCCCUUGGAAUCAUCCUGGCGGGCGUAGCUAUACUGGUAGCGCUCUUCGCCUUCAUCAAAGCGACGUUGAAGCGCUGCAGCUCGAACCAGGUGCUCGUCAAGUACGGCAUGUUCGUCGGCGGGGGCAAGACCGCCAAGACGAUCCACGGCGGCGCCACGUACGUGAUCCCCUUCGUGCAGGGCUUCCGCUACCUGAGCCUCGAGCCGAUCCAGAUCGAGAUCCCGCUCCGCGGCGCGCUGUCGGGCGAGAACAUCCGCGUCAACGUGCCGAGCGUCUUCACCGUCGCCAUCGGCACCCAGCCGGAGGUGAUGAGCAACGCCUCGAUCCGCCUGUUGGACCUGGGCACGAACGAGAUCCGCAAACAGGCCGAAGAAAUCAUCUUCGGUCAAUUGCGGCAAGUGAUCGCGUCGAUGCGGAUCGAGGACAUCAACCGCGACCGUGACACCUUCCUUCAGCACAUUCAAAACUCGGUCGAGCCCGAGCUGAAGAAGAUUGGCCUCGUGCUGAUCAACGUCAACAUCACCGACAUCACCGACGAGUCGGGCUACAUCGACGCCAUCGGUCAGAAGGCCGCCAGCGAAGCGAUCCAGCAGGCGCGUGGCGACGUCGCCGACGAGUUGCGGAAGGGUGAGAUCCGCGUCGCCGACGCCGAGCGUGAGAAGGCCGUGAAGGUCGCCGACGCCACGAAGCUGCGCGAGAUCGGCACCCGUGAGGCCGAGCGCGAGCAGGCGGUGCGUCUCGCUGAGCUACUCAAAGAGCAGACCGUCGGUGAGAAGGCCGCCGAACGUGACCGGGCGAUCGAGGUCGCCAUGAUGCUCAAGGAGCAGACGGUCGGCGAGCAGACGGCCGAAUUCGAGCGCGAAGUCCAAGUUAAAGAAGCCGAGCGGCAGAAGCGUAUCGCCAUGGCCGAAGCGGACGCCACCGCAGUCGAUGGUGAGAACAUCGCCGCCGCAAGGGUCGCCAAGUCGCAAGCCGAGUUGCUCGUCCAAAGGGCCGAGGCCUACCACCGCGGUGAAGCGGCGAAGCGUGAAGCGGAAGCCUCGGUUAUCGAGGUGCAGAACCGCGCGAUGGCCAAGGCCGCUCUCGCGGAGGCCGAACGCGUCGAGGCCGAGAAGCGCGCCGAGUAUGAAGCGGUCGCCAAGGCCGAGAAGGCGCGGCUUAUCGUCCAGGCCGAAGCCGAGGCCGAGCGGAUCAAGCUCGAAGCCAACGCCAACGCCGCGGCGGUCUACGCGAAGCUCGAAGCGGAGGCCCGCGGCCAGUACGAGAUCCUCGCCAAGAAGGGCGAGGGCCUCAAGCAGAUCGUCGCCGCGUGCGGCGGCGCCCGCGAAGCAUUCCAACUGAUGAUGCUCGAGCACCUCGACACGCUGGCCGAGACCUCCGCCAAGGCGAUCUCGAACAUCAAGUUCGACAAGGUCGUCGUCUGGGAGAACGGCUCCGGCAAAGACGGCCGCUCGAACACGGCCGACUUCCUGCAAGGCAUGACGGGGACGCUCCCCCCGAUGAUGCAGGUGCUCCGCGACGUCGGCGGCAUCGAGGUGCCCGAAAGCCUCGCGCGUUUCAUGGGCGGCGAUAGCAAAGAGAAAGAGACGGUCGCCCCAACGCCGAAGGCCGAAGCCAACGGCGCCACAAGCGAGGUCUAG